AUGAAUGUGCAUAAACCUCACACAGUCCAGGAAAAAAGGUCCUUGUCAUGGAUAGAAACUCGUAUUAUGGAGGAGAAGCGGCAUCACUUAAUCUCACUAAUCUAUACAAACGAUUCAGACCAGGCAACAGAAACAUCUCAUUACCUGGAAUGGCAGGUGCUAGAUGGAAGCUACGUCUACCAACACCAAAAGGCGUCGCUGUUCUAUGAAGAAAAGUUUAUACACAAAGUACCGGCCACGGACAAGGAAGCGCUACAAUCCCCUCUCAUGGGAUUUUUCGAAAAAACUAGGUGCCAUAACUUCUACCGAUUCGUAGCACAGUUCGACCAAACUCUGCCGGAGACAUGGAAAGGACUCAAUCCAUUCAAAGACAGCAUCACGGCCUACUACCAACAUUAUGGACUCGAGGAAAACACUGUAGACUUUCUCGGACAUGCAGUCGCAUUGCACACGUGUGACGAUUACAUGAAGGAACCCGCAUUCUUCACCAUCAUGAAAAUGAAAUUGUACAUGAACUCAUUGAUGAGGUUUGGUUCAUCGCCAUUCAUAUACCCGGUAUACGGUCUAGGAGGCAUACCAGAAGCGUUCUCCCGGAGGUGUGCUAUUUACAAUGGCACAUAUAUGCUGAACAAACCGAUUAAUGGAUUCGAGUUUGAUGAAGAGGGGAAAGUAUGCGGUGUCAAGACAGCAGAUGGGGAAGUGGCCAAAUGCUCAAUGGUGGUUUGCGAUCCCACCUACAUGGUUGACACUCUACCACACAAAGUUAAAAGCGUCGGGAAAGUCAUAAGAUGUAUAUGCAUACUUGGCAAACCCAUACCGGAGACUAACAAUGCAUCAUCUUGCCAAGUCAUUAUACCACAAAAACAACUCAAGAGGAAACACGAUAUAUACAUCACACUCGUCUCUCACUCACAUGGCGUAGCCACCAAGGGGAAGUACAUCGCCCUUAUAUCAACCACUGUCGAGACAAACGACCCCCAAAAGGAAAUCCAGCCCGCUCUAAAGAUCAUAGGAGAAAUAGAAGAAAAGUUUGUACAAGUAUCAGAAAUAUACGUCCCCACCGAAACGGUUGUGAAAGACAACAUUUUCGUAUCGGAAUCCUAUGACGCAACGUCACAUUUUGAAUCUGCUUCAAAUGACGUUCUGAAAAUGUGGGUUUAUAAUUCUCCAAACUCAAAGAUUCUCAGGUACCGGGAUAUCACUGGCAAAGAAUUGGAUCUUUCCAUGGUAGACAAUGACGAUAACGAAUCGGCGGAAGGGGAGUAA